AUGCCGCUUUACACAUUCAUGGUUGAGGAUGGCUACGGUUGCAGCAUUCCUGUAGGUCAUUUCUUUGUUGCAAAUGAAAACAUGGAGACGAUUGCAGCAGGAUUUGAAUCAUUGAAGAAAUCGGUUGGUGUAAAAAUACUGAGUCAGAAUCAAGUGUUCUUGGUAGACAAGGGCUUGACGGAAAUAGGUUUGGUUAGAAAGUACUUCCCAGAGUCAGCGAUUCAUUUAUGCCUAUUUCAUGUGUUUAAAACAUUUAGAAGCGAAACAACCAAGAUCUUAGGAAAGAACAGAAAUAAAAUAACAGAACUAGUUGAAAAGAUAGCGUACUGUUCAACGGAAGAAACCUAUGAGGAAUUAUACGCUCAGCUGCUUGAAAAGACUACUUCCCAGUUUGGGGAGUACUUCAAAAAAAACUGGCAUGAAUGUAGGGACAUGUGGGUGUCAGCUUGGCGAAAGAAGACCGUGACAUUUGGUAACCGCACCACCAAUAGGUUAGAAUCAUUCCACCACAAGUUGAAAGAAGUGAUAAAAUCUAUGCAGUCUGUAGCAGAAUGUGUUCGUGGCCUUGUGCGGUUCAGUAACAGGAAAGAGUUUGAAAUUGAACAUCGUCGAUUUCUGUCCAAAUCCACAGUUGCCUACUGUGCCUCUGCUAACCAUGAAGAAUCAAAGCGCAUAUAUGCAACAUGUACACCAUUUGCAGCUGGACUUGUGAACGAAUCGCUGACACAAAUGAAGAAAAUCUGUGGUCAAUACUCUUGUCAGGCUAGAACCGAUGAUGGUAGCUUCCUUAUUCAGCAUAGCAGUGGGCAUCAAUACACAGUUAAUUCGCUGAUGAAUUUAUGCACAUGUACGUUUGCAACAACCAUGCUAUUACCUUGUAAGCAUGUGUUUCUAACAAGAGAACAGAACUGUGUUGAUGUAUUUGACGAAUCCCUUAUACCAGAGAGGUGGAGAACAACCUAUCAGCUGCUGUCUCUAUCUGAACAUCUUCCAAAGCCAACAGCUGUGCUGACAAAAACAAAGCAAAGAAACAUAUUAAGUCGAUGUGAAAAGUAUAACAAGGUAUUUGGUCUUCUCAAGGAUGUAGCGAGUGUAGUUGCAGAACACGGUCAAGCCAAGUUCAAUGGAUACAUCACUGAAAUCAAACUUCUUAAGGAUUUGAUUAGCAGUGGUAAAACUGUUAAAGUCGUGGAAGUCGUACAUGUCGUACUUGUGUGA